AGACUCAAGAUCCAGGAUUUGAAUCGAUGAACUUCGACGAAAUGAUUCUAGAAGCCGCCAAAUCUAUCACUGCCGCAACUUCCGCUUUGAUCAAAGCCGCCAGCGCCGCUCAGAGGGAACUAAUUGACAGUGGAAAAGUGUCAAGACAUCCAAUAUCAUCUUCUGAUGAUGGCCAGUGGUCGGAAGGUCUUAUAUCAGCUGCCAGGCUUGUAGCAGCAGCAACGCAUAGUUUGGUAGAAAGUGCUAAUGCUCUAGUCCAAGGCUUGGGUAGCGAAGACAAGCUGAUUGCUGCUGCUAAGCAAGUUGCCAGUUCAACAGCGCACCUAUUGGUCGCUUGCAAAGUUAAAGCCGAGGGAGAUACGGACGCUACGAGAAGGCUACACGCUGCCGGAAAUGCGGUUAUUAGAUCAACAGAUAAUUUAGUCAGAGCCGCUCAGCAAUCAAAACAAGUCGAAGAAGAAAGAUAUCUGGUAAUAAACAAAAAAAUGGUUGGAGGUAUUGCCCAAGAAUUGGAUGCUCAAUCUGAAGUGGUCAGGAUUGAGAGAGAGUUAGAUGAUGCAAGAAGCAAGCUAGCUGCUAUUAGGCAGGCUAGAUACAAACUCAAAGGUUAUGAGACGUCGGGCGACGAAACUGACGGUUACGGAGGCUCCGCCUCCGAACAGGACAUACGCAUCAAGAUUACGUAUUAAUCGAUGUCGUUAACACACAGGUAAGUCCGUCUGA